AAAUAUCUCACGAGCCUUGGUCGCCUCCAGUUUCCCUUCCCUGUCUCCAAUCUCUCUUGACCUACCGCCGUCGCCUCUUGGUUAUUGAUGUUGCCGCUCCGAUGAAGAUCACCGUGCCGCUGUUGCUUAGAUCCCUGGAGAGAAGGGGAACAGUAGCUGCGCCAGGCGGCAUGCCUCGUCCGAGCCGCGUGGUGGCCGACACAUCGGCGGUUUCAUAGCCGGUCCUGGGCGGUGCCUCGUCAGCGUCGUGGAUGGCUUGGGCAGCGCCUUGGCAUCCAAGAGGGGCGAAGUGAGCUGACCAGCAUGCGUGGGGUGCAAAGGCCACGAGCAGGAAGGAGAUGCGUUGGAGGUGAUGGAGGAGGAAGUUGGAGGCGGCAUCAGCGUCCAUGGCGACGCCGCUACGGGACCCCCUGCCUACCUCGGCAUGCCUAGUCCGUGCCACAUGGUGGCCGAGAUGCGGCCGCCCAUGCUCUGUCGGUGCCGUCUCAUCCUCUUCAUCAAGAGGAGGCAUCUCUGUCGGACCACGCCUCCCCAUCUACUGCACUCUAAUGGUGGAUGAGGCCGAGGUGAGCAUCAUGACGAUGAGCAGGCCUGUGGCUGAUACAGAGAGCUCCUCGAACGGGAAGUAGCAGUGCUAGAGGAACUCGAAGAUGAGCAGGUUUCGAAGUCAUGCCUUCGCCUUACUGUUGUGCUGAUACUGGAUGCCACAUUGAGGAAUAUUGGGAUCACAACUUAACUUAAAUUAGCAAUAUAGUGUCAAUGGGCGUCAUCUGAACCUAAUGAGAUGUUGUUUACUGAAGAACAACCCCUUGCUACUUGCACAGUGAAUUCAUGGCCAAGAUGGACGGAUUUCUAUUGUGUGGGCUGGAGGUUCUUGAUGUAGGGCACGAACACCAACUAAGCUUCCAUUCUGGUAAAAUGUGGAAAUUAGCAAGCACACUACAGUUGGUGCAUGGAUGACCAAGUUUACUUAUUACUUUAUGAAGAUGAUGAUUCCUAAAUGGAAUUAGGAGCUAGGUCUAGCAUGUUGAUUGUGCUUCAAGGUUGAAAGAUGAGAAGAAGUACUAUCUUGCCUACCCGAAAUUAACAUGAGCUUAGUCUGAAUGUCGAAGAAAUACUGGAAUGUAGGAUGGAGAGGUUAGCAUGCUUACUCCAAGUAAUAAUUUCAGAACUACUGUGUUUUAGUAAUGUAUUUAGCUAAACCUUUCAUUCGGCACAUCCAUAACUCAACCAGUUUAUGCAUGAUGAUUUAGGGCAUAUUUGUUUCCAAAGCAAACAAACUACUGGUCUUCGUUAGGUAAGGAUAGGUGUUUGGUACCAAAACAAAAAUUAACUUUGUCAGGCUAAUGAGCAUGCAUGGCUAGAGAAUCUUGGCACACUGGGAAAACAAUGUAAUGCUACAGCAUGUCAACAUCAUGUUCUGAACCAUUUUUAGUGGCUGAGAGAAGAAACAAUUAUCUAGGCUCAUAAGAAAGAGCUUUUAUUUCAGGCCAUUGUUUCGAUGAGCUGAUGAACACACCACCUGGGUGUCUAAUUUUAUAUGAGCCAGGGAAAGCAAUUUUAUACCUAACAGCUCUCCCCUGAUUUGGGUCUUUGCUGGCCGUUCGAUCUUGCUCAUUUCAGUCAACUAUGCCAGUUUGGUCGUCCGAUCCUUGCAUUGCGUUAUCAACUUGCCUAUUUUAUUCUCCUCACUUUGUCAUGGAUUAACAACAUAUUACUAAUUUUGUGUAUUGAACUAACCAAUUUAACAAUCAAAAUUGCUGGCCUUGCAUCAACUGUUGUUGUUCUGCUAGCCAUAGGCUGCCCCUUGGGAUCAUAAUUCUAAGCUUGGACCAUGUGCCCACCUUAACCAAUGCAACUUGAUGACUCUGUGUGGUUGCUAGGGGCACAGGUUGUGCUGAUAAAAGUCCAUGAACUUUUUGAUAAGCAUCAUUAUUUUCAAUUUGAUCUAUUGUUUUCUAGCUUUUUUGUGUAUCAACUUCCAUGUAUGGUACUGUUUGUCAAGCAUUACUAUUGUUCUCACUUAGAUUUUCUUCUUCUUUUUUGCUACUUUAAAUUUAGAUGCUCAAGAAAUUUGGUAAGCGUCAUAGUGGUUUGGGCCUUGGUGCUACAUGAGACACAAGCACCUUCAAAGUACAUGCGUGUAUUUAUGGAUAUUAGUGCUUUUGCUCAUUCUAAUUUUUUUACUUAAGGUGGUUACACUUUCUUACAUUUUUUUAUGAAAGAGAGUGAAUUCAGUCAUGAACAUGCAUUGAUAUAUUUAUUGUUAGUUUAUCUUCGUGUUAUCGGUAUGCUUUGGAUGGCUGCAACCUGAACUAAUUAUAUCACUAUUCCCAUCUUACUUAGUGGCAUUGCUAUGCUUCACAGUAUACAAUGUUUUGCAUGCCAGUACAAUUCGUAAGUGGUUUUUCGUAUUUAGGUGUUAUUAAUAUGGUGAGUGAUUGAAGGGGAGGCAUGAGGAGAAGAGCAGUCCAAAGGGCGGAUGGAGCAUGCCACUUGUUGAUGUUAGUUUCCAUUUCCGGAAAGAACAAAUUUUCUAUGAUUUGAGUGUAUGCUGAUGUGUGAAAGUCAAUCAUUUGAAUUCCCAACUAGACUAUUGUGUGUUCAAUAUUUUAUUGUGCAUUGACAAAAUGUUUCGGUGCCCGUGUGCACAAGUUAAUUUUUGAAAUAGAUGAAAGGACAACACGGCAUAAGGGAGUUUGCCCUUUAGGAAGAUUCUUGUUUGCUGUUGUGAUUAAAAUUAGGAAAUUUAUAUACCUAUAGCUGGAUAGUUGCUCAAGCUAAAAUUUUAUGUAGCAUGUAACAUCUGAACUCUAUUUGUGGUAAUAAUUUUCCUAUUGUCAAAGGCCAUGUUUGAUCUCCAAAUGUGUUUUGGGUUUUAGUUCAGGAAGGUGACACCAAUUAUGUGUUUGAUCUCCAAACAUGUUUGAACAUAAUUAAGUCAAGGAAUCUUCACGGUAAAGUUGUAUGUCAUAUACCUUGCGCCAUUUGGCUUUGUGUUGCUCGAAUAAGACAACAAAAUAUGCAUGCUACCCUAACUGGUAGCUAAAACCCACUUUUACUAGCAAAGUCAAAUAUUUUCAAAACACUUUGGGUUUGACAUGGUCUUUGCGCUUGCUCAAACAUAAAGUCAUUGAAAAAUGCAAAUAUUUUCAACAUGCUCAUGGUAUCAAAUCGCACUCUGCGCCAUUUUGCUUAGAGAUAAACUAAAAUGUGUGCGCGCAUCAUCAUAGACAACAAUCUUCAUUGUUUUUAAUUAAAGGAGGUAAAUUUUGUUAUCAUAUGUCCUUUCCCACAACUAAACCAACUAAACACAUGGAAAAAAUAAAUCAACACACACAUGGAUUCAGCGGGUCUCUGCGCCAUAUAUUUUUACAAAAUGAAAACUAUUUACAUCGACAACAUGGUUUUAGUAGGUCUUUGCGGCAUUUGGCGCAACUGGUCAACGUAUCUGAAAAAAGAAGAAUAGAAUCCCCCUCUCGGAGUUGUAUCAUCUAUACCACUCAUCACGCAUAUGCCGAUGUAUCAUUUAUACCACUCAUCACGCAUUGCCAGGCCACAAUCCGAAGACAGGGAGGAAGCGAAAAACCCACCACCACACGAACGGAUCCGCCUCCCCCACCAUUGUCGUUUUUAACGCCACCCACUCCCCCUCCGGCUCCGCUCGCCUCCCAACGCUGAACCGAACCCACACACCGCCAUCGCCACGCCCUCUGCCUCGCCGGAGAAGAGAAGAGAAGAGAGGGAGAGGGAUUUCGGAUCCCUCGCGGCAGUCCCAACUGGAGCUUCACCCUCUCCCCUUUUGGGCCGUUGAAAGUCAUCACGGCUAGCGUUGCAGCCUUCCGGCGCGGCCACGCUGCUGCGCAGGUGGAGCCAACGGCCACCAUCGCUUCCUCCAGCCCCGCCUCGCACGGCGGCCGCGGGGCCCUCCCGUCCGCCGGCGGCAGCCCAUCUGACCUCCUCUUCCUCGCGGGCGGCGGUCGCCUCUGAGCCUCUCGCCCGCCCACUAACCAAAUCCCACCCUAACCAUCAUCCGCUGACUGACUGACCGACUGGCUCACUCUCCGAGAGAGAAACAGAGGAGUACAACCAACAGAGUGGGAGACUUUUCUUUGUAAGACGUUGGAGAUGAAGCUGACGAUUAAGAGGGUACCCACCGUCGUGUCCAACUACCAGGAAGACGCUGGCGAGCGGCCACGCGGAGGGUGUGGGAGGAACUGCCUCGGACAUUGCUGCCUGCCUGUUUCUGAGCUUCCUGUCUAUGCUUUCAAGGCGAAUCCAACAAAGCUGCCUUUACAGGAGGAUGCUGUUCCUACUGAUUUCUUCAUCAAUCUCCUCCUUGGGCAGUGGGAGGACAGGAUGACCCAAGGCUUAUUUCGAUAUGAUGUCACUGCAUGUGAGACCAAGGUGAUCCCUGGCAACCUUGGUUUCGUUGCCCAACUAAAUGAAGGGCGCCACCUCAAGAAACGUCCUACAGAGUUCCGUGUGGAUCGUGUGCUUCAACCAUUUGACUCUGCCAAGUUCAAUUUCACCAAAGUUGGCCAGGAGGAGGUGCUCUUCCAAUUUGAGAACAGUGGUAGUGAUGACAGCUACUUCCUGAGGAGUGCCGCAGUCACUGUUGCUGAUCGUGCUCCUAAUGUUGUGGCAAUCAAUGUGAGCCCAAUUGAAUAUGGCCAUGUUCUUCUUAUUCCCCGGGUCCUGGACCAUCUGCCUCAGAGGAUUGACCAAGAGAGCUUCUUGCUAGCACUGCACAUGGCGGCUGAGGCAGCUAGCCCAUACUUCAGGCUUGGUUACAAUAGUUUGGGUGCCUUUGCAACUAUCAACCACCUCCACUUUCAGGCAUACUACUUGACAGUGCCUUUUCCUGUCGAGAAGGCAGCUACCCAGAGGAUUCCCCUUGCUGAGGGCGGGAUAAAGAGUGGAGUGAAGGUGUCGAAGCUAAUGAACUACCCCGUGAGAGGGCUGGUUUUUGAGAAAGGCUACACCCUGAAUGAUCUGGCCAAUGUGGUUUCCAGUGCUUGCAUUUGGCUGCAGGACAACAAUGUGCCUUACAAUGUGCUCAUUUCAGACUCUGGCAGGAAGAUCUUCCUCUUUCCCCAGUGCUAUGCUGAGAAGCAGGCUCUGGGCGAUGUGAGUCAGGAACUGCUGGACACACAGGUGAACCCUGCUGUUUGGGAGAUCAGUGGCCACAUUGUACUGAAACGUAGGGAUGACUACGAGGAGGCAUCAGAAGCUUCGGCAUGGAGACUCCUCGCCGUGGUCUCUCUGUCGGAAGCACGCUUUGAGGAAGUGAAGGCCUACAUCUUUGAUGCUGCUUGUUUGGUUCAGUCCCAGGUGGAGGAGGAAAUUGAUGAUGCCAUUUAUGCACCUGUCCCGGUUGGCCCUUCAGCUGUUGGGGAGGGCUGCCUCGUAAUUCCGUGAGACGAUGAUUCAAAAGGUUAUGCCCUAGUAAGUGCCGAGGUCUUCAUCGUCGUCAUCUCAGUCAGUCAUUGGUCGCCUAGCUUCGCAAUAGUUGUGGUUGCUGGUCUUAAUAAAAAUCCAUGUGAUCGAACUGCCUGGUGUACUCACUCUUGUUUAUUGUUGUUAUCUGUUUCUCUCCUGUGGAGAGCAGUACUCUGCAAAUAUUUCCCAGAGCAUCAUGUGCUCUCUUUCUGUGGCUCAUGUACUCUUUCUGUUGCUUGGCACCGACUUAAAUAUGAACAUAACAUUGUUAGUA